AGGAAGGCAGCGCUCCCCGCACAAUAAUGGGCACCCGGGCGCUGCCCCCCGGGCCGCCGCAGAGCAGCGGAAAGAAUGUCGGCGCGGGCCGCGGGUGACGUCAGGAGGGAGCAGCGCGGCGCGGCCGCCAGGCAGCGGCAGCGGCGGCCCCGCCACGGCGAGGGAGGAGGCGGAGGAGGCGGGAGCGGCGCCGGCCCCGCCGCCACCGCAGCGGCAAUGGCGGCCGUCGGGGAGCGCAGGUCCCUGCCCAGCCCCGAGGCGAUGUUGGGGCAGCCCUGGAGCCACUGGGUCGAUGCUGCUAAACUUCACGGGAACGACGGAACAGCAUUAGAAGAAAGUUUCAAGGAAUACGGAAGAAACCGAGAAGCAAUGCGACUUUGCCGAGAAGAUAUGCCAAUAUUUGGUCUUUGCCCGGCUCAUGAUGAUUUCUAUUUGGUGAUGUGUAACCACUGUAAUCAGGUCGUAAAACCACAGGCAUUUCAAUCACAUUAUGAAAGAAGACACAGCUCCUCUAGCAAGCCACCUUUGACUCCUCCCUCUUCUUCAGUAUUUUCCCUCAUUUCAUCUUUCCCAUCAAAAAACAAAGGUAGCAGUGGAAGUGGGAGCAAUCGUUCAUCCAGUGGAGGUACUAGUGCAUCAUCAUCAUCAAAUUCCAAGUUGUUGAAAUCACCCAAAGACAAGCUGCAGAUCAGCGGAAACAACAGGUUAAUGCAUUCGGUACAGCACAGCAAAGUUCCCCAUGACAAAAUUAUGACUCCAUCUGUCAAAGUGGAAAAGAUUCAUCCAAAGAUAGAUGGUGCCCAACUGAAAGCUGCUGUUGGUCCAACUUGUUCUACUACUGUGAGUUCCUCAAUAAAGACUGGCCUUAAUUGUCCCUCAAUACCAAAGCCACCCUUGCCUUCCCCUGGACAGAUACUGAAUGGUAAAGGUCUUCUCUCUGUGCCUCCAUUUUUGGAAAAGAAACCUGAAGAAAAUACGAAUAAUAGGAAAUUUUUACAUAAAAGAUUGUCAGAGAGAGAAUUUGAUCCUGAUAUAUACUGUGGUGUCAUUGAUGUGGAAACCAGGAAACCUUGUACUAGGUCUUUAACAUGCAAGACACAUUCCUUAACCCAGCGGAGGGCUGUACAGGGUCGAAGAAAACGAUUUGAUGUGUUAUUAGCUGAGCACAAAAGCAAAACCAGGGAAAAGGAACUUCUUCGACAUUCGGAUCAUCAUCAGCAGAUGCCCCCUCUCAGGGAACCACAUCCCUCACCUACUAAAACUUCCCAGGAGCUGCACCAAAAUUCUCAUGGAGUUACUCUUACAGAAUCAAAGCCUUUAUUACCUAAUAAACCCAAACCUCAUCCCCCCAGUCUUCCAAGGCCUCCAGGCUGUCCAGCCCAGCAGAGUGGAAAUGCCCCCAGUGAGUCUCCUUCUGUCCACGAGUCCCCACACCCUCCCUUGCCUGCAGCUGAGCCAGCAUCUCGGUUAUCCAGUGAUGAGGGAGAAUGUGAUGAAAAAGAAGAGCCUGUUGAAAAACUGGAUUGUCAUUAUUCAGGUCAUCAUCCUCAACCAGCCGCUUUUUGCACAUUUGGUAGUCAGCAAAUUGGAAGAGGUUAUUACGUGUUUGACAAGCGGUGGAACCAUAUUCGAUGUGCACUUGACUACAUGUUGGAGAAGCAUCUUAAUUCACAGAUGUGGAAGAAAAUUCCUCCAGCAUCCAGUAACACAGCAUCAGUCCGUGCCCCACAUCGGACAAACCCGAUGCCUGCUUCUCAGCACGGUGUCAGUGCAGCAGGGUUCCUCUUGCCCACCACGGUUAUGUCAUCGCCAGCGUUGGUCUCUCCCUCCUGUGUGUCUCUGCACAGCAAAUCGGUACCAUCCCAUGGGACGACACUGAAUGCCAACCCCGCUGCUCUGGGUGCAGUGGAUCCUGUCUGCAGUAUGCAAUCAAGACAAGUGUCUUCUUCCCCUUCGACACCUACAGUGCUUUCCUCUGUACCUUCACCUAUGCCCAGCAAACCUCAGAAAAUGAAAUCCAGCAAAUCUUUUAAACCUAAGGAAUCUUCUGCUGGCAGUGGCACCUGUAACAGCACCGGCAGCGUCAGUAGCAGCGGCGGCUCAGGAAAGAAGCGUAAAAACAGUUCCGCACUGCUCGCACCUUCUCAUUCCACAGAGUCCUUUAGAAAAAACUGUGUGGUUAACUCUGGAAACUCUGGGACCUCCUAUCAUCCUUCAGUGACAGCUUCGUCCCACGGCGUUGGCCUCAACUGUAUGACUAGCAAAGCUAACUCUGUUAGCCUCAAACAUGACCAAUCAGGGAGGGGUCCUCCAACCGGGAGCCCUGCAGAAUCCAUAAAGAGAAUGAGUGUGAUGAUGAACAGCAGCGACUCCACGCUCUCCUUAGGGCCAUUUGUUCAUCAGUCUAGUGAGCUGACUGUAAAUUCACACAGCAGUUUUUCACAUUCACAUACUUCCCUUGACAAAUUAAUAGGAAAGAAAAGAAAGUGCUCACCUGGUUCAAGCAGCAUCAACAGCAGCAGCAGCAAAUCAAACAAAGUUGCCAAAUUGACAUCCGUGAACAAUGUUCAUGCAAAACACACUGGUGCAAUCCCAGGGACGCAAGGACUGAUGAACAAUUCUCUGUUUCAUCAGCCAAAGGCCCGUCCCUGAUAGCUGAAAGCACCACGGUGAGAAACAAACUGGACAGUUUUCACUACAAGCAAAACCUCCAUCUGGAUUUCUGGACUCCAAGAUGCCUUGAGUUUUCCCAACUUCCCAUGGUCCUCAGGUGUGG